AUGCUCAAGAUUCUUAUUAUCAAGUAUGCCCGCAUUGAUACCUGGAAUCGUCAAGGGCUGGGCAUUGAAUUCCACCCGCAUCUCUUUGUGUCGGUAUUGAGCAGCCUGGUCUGUUCGUCGCCUACUACUCAAGCCCCCCUUCCAUUAAACGGUCGUUGA